AUAAACAUAACCAGCUUCCCUAAUGCCUCCUUUAUAUAACGCUCUCUUCUAUUUCUCUCCACCCUACAAUUAAUAUAAAAGAAAAGUAACUUAACAAAACCCAUUUUCUCUGUGCGUGUAUGUCACCCGCCGAUGGGCCAAUCUUCUUCCACUGCUUUAGACCCGACCGAUCGAUUUUUUGCAAGUCCGCCGCGUAUGUCUAACGAGAUUGUUGAGUUUGCUGAGGAAAUCGUUGGGACUAGAGAUUAUACCGGUGGUUUACCCGACGAUUGCUUGGCUUAUAUUUUUCAAUUUCUUGGGGCAGGGGAUCGGAAACAAUGUUCGCUUGUGUGCAAGAGGUGGCUGCGCGUGGAAGGCGUCAGUCGGUAUCGGCUUUCUCUCAAUGCGGAUAAUGAGAUACUGCCGUUUCUACCUUUGAUUUUCACGCGCUUUGAUUCCGUGACGAAACUCUCUCUCCGAUGCGAUCGGAAGUCCGUCAGCAUUAACGACGACGCUUUCGUUUUGAUCUCUAUCCGUUGUCAAAAUCUCACGCGCCUCAAGCUUCGUGGUUGCCGCGAGAUCACGGACCACGGUAUGGCGACAUUUUCGCAGAAUUGCAAAACUCUGAAGAAACUGUCUUGUGCGUCAUGUUCUUUCGGAGCCAAAGGUAUCAACUCAGUUCUUGAUCAUUGCUUGCUUCUCGAGGAGAUCUCCGUCAAGCGGCUUAGAGGAAUUCGUGAUGGAACCCAGCUGAUCGGUCCAAGAGCCUCCGCGGCUUCAUCAUUGAAGUCAAUUUGCUUGAAAGAGCUAGUCAACGGUCAGUCUUUUGAACCUCUAGUAAUUGGAGCUAAAAAUCUCAGAACUUUGAAAAUUAUUCGUUGUUUAGGUGAUUGGGACAGAGUAUUACAUAUUAUUGGAAAUUCAAAAAACACUUCUUUGAACGAAUUUCAUCUUGAAAGGCUUCAAGUAACUGAUAUUGGAUUAACUGCGAUAUCAAAAUGUACAAGUAUUGAAAAUUUACAUAUUGUCAAAGCUCCUGAGUGUUCAAAUACAGGGCUUGUUUGUGUGGCUCAGAAUUGUAGCUUGUUAAGGAAGCUUCACAUUGAUGGAUGGAGGAGUAAUAGGAUUGGUGAUGAGGCUUUAAUUGCUGUUGCCAAACACUGUCCUAAUUUACAAGAACUUGUUCUAAUUGGUGUAAAUGCAACGCACUUAAGUUUGAUGGCCAUUGCCUGUAAUUGUUCAAAAUUGGAGAGGUUAGCACUUUGUGGGAGUGGAACGAUUGGUGAUGCAGAGAUUGCAUGUAUUUCUGCAAAAUGUGUGGCUUUGAAGAAGCUUUGUAUUAAAGGGUGUGCUAUAUCAGAUCUUGGGAUGGAAGCGGUUGCUUGGGGUUGCCCUAAUCUGGUUAAAAUUAAGGUCAAGAAAUGUAAAGGAGUGAGUGGUGAAGUGGCAGAACGGUUGAGGAUACUUAGGCGAUCUUUAAUUGUUAAUUUGGAUGCUGAAGAGAUAGAUGGCUUGGAUGCUAGUGGUAGUGAUGGUGGACUGCAAGAAAGUGGUUUGGAGGUUCCAAUGAUGGGAGGGCAUGUAAAUGUUCCAGAUGUCUCGUUAAACACUCUUGGUAGAUUGUCAUAUUUGAAGGUAAAGACAGGUCUUGUUGCCAGUAGGAAUUUGGUGGCUGGCAAAUUUAGAAGAUGGAAAAAUGGUGAAAGCAGCAGUUCUAAUGACAACUUAUGAUUGAUCUGUGAAAGAGUUCGAAACAUCGUUCUUGCCUUAGUCAUAUUAUUCUUGUACUUUGAUGGGUUGAAAGACUUCUGUGUAUUAAGCCUGUUUUGUCUUCUAUGUUUCAGAAUUAAUUUUUUAGGACUUUUAAUUCGUUAAAUACAAAGAUGGCAGAAAUUGAUUGUGAAAGGUUGUUAUUGCUGCUUUACAUUAUAUGCUGAAAACCCUGUAUGAGGGUUUACUCCUA